AUGUCUUCUUCCCAAUCCACCGUGCCAUAUUCUCAAUCUGAUCCCAAAAUUGAUGAGGUGCAAUGGAUCAUUCAGAUCCGUCGAACCCUUGAAUCAGACCUCGAGGAUGAUGAGGAAAUCCUCGUUUGCAUUUUCAAUGUCCCCAAAGCUCUUCUGGCCACUGAUCCAGAUUAUUAUAUUCCACAGGAAGUUGCUCUCGGUCCUUACCACUCCUGGCGUCCAGAGCUGUAUGAGAUGCGGAGGUAUAAGCUGGCGGCAGCAAAGAGAAUUCAAAAGCAACUCAAAGACCUUAAGUUCCAAAAUCUUGUUGAUCAAUUGAUGCGGCUUGACCACAAGAUCCGAGCGUGCUAUCACAAGUAUUUGGAUUGCAAUAGUGAGACGUUAGCAAGGCUGAUGGCUGUAGAUGGGUCAUUCCUGCUCGAGUUCCUUCAAACUUACGCCACCCACGAAGGAAAGGUGCUAGCAAGAAUUUCUUCCAGGAUGUCACACUUGGUUGCAGCAGGAAUGAAGUCAGCGCAUAACGCAAUUCUCAGAGACGUGGUAAUGCUCGAGAAUCAAAUCCCUUUGUUUGUAUUGAGGAAGAUGCUAGAAUUCCAGCUAUCAUCCCUAGAGUCUGCCGAUGAUCUGUUGCUUUCAAUGCUAAUGGGGUUAUGCAGAGCUGUUUCACCUUUUAAGGUGGGGGGAAACCUGCCAAAGGUUCAACUCUCCCAGAGCGCCCAUUUGCUAGACUUUUUGUACGAGACGAUCGUGCCCAAGUUGGAGGACCCAGUACCGGAAAUCACCGAAGCUGCAGGGGAACAUAAUGAAGGCAUGCAAGGGGAUGAAAACUCUUCUGCAGACCGAGGUUACGUGAAACAACUCCUAGAUGAGGUUUGGAAGCUGCUUUCGAAAUUAGACGUCGGCCCUAUACAUCUUAUCAAGAAGGUACUCGUGUCUAGACCCGUAAAAGUCAUCAUAAAAUUGCCUUGGACUAUCCUCUCUAACCUUCCUGGAUUCAGCAUCUUAAAACAACCCGUGGAGUUGCUUUUUUCCCAAAAUAAAGAAGCAGUCAAGCCAGAAAAUAAGUCUUCAAGCUCAGAGGACAGCAUAAGCAAACCACCAUCGGUAGAGGAAAUCACAAUCCCCUCUGUGACAGAACUUAUAAAAUCAGGGAUCCGUUUCUCACCCACAAAUGGCAGCAUUUCAAGCAUUGCUUUUGACGCAAAGACAGUCACAUUUUACCUCCCCACCGUUAGCUUAGAUGUUAACUCGGAGGUGACUUUGAGAAACUUAGUAGCAUAUGAAGCUUCGAUUGCAUCAGGUCCAUUGGUUUUUACGCGUUACACUGAACUGAUGAAUGGAAUUAUUGACACUGAGGAGGAUGUGAAAGCACUUAGAGCAAGAGGUAUCAUUUUGAACCGUUUGAAGAGCGAUGAAGAGGUGACAAACCUAUGCAACGGAAUGAGCAAGUCGAUCAGAUUGACAAAAGUGCCAUUCUUAGACAAGGUGAUUGAAGAUGUGAACAAGCAUCACAGCCGCAGAUGGAUUGUUAAAGCUGGCAAUUAUUUCAAUAUUUACGUGUUUGGUUCUUGGCAAUUUCUCACAUUUCUUGCCGCAAUUUGCCUUAUGGUCUUGAUGUCAUUGCAAGCGUUUUGUUCAGUUUAUGGCUGCACUCGCGUUCUUCCAGUCAAGACCAUUACUAGAACAUGA